AUGCGGAUUGCGAUCCUCACUCUCCUUUUUGGAGCCGCACUGGCCGAUACUUCAUCCUAUGUCAUGCUGAAGCCUACCAAUGGCAACAAGGAUUCUGAUUACCCAGCAAGAUGCUACCCCGAUCCCUGCAAAGGAAUCACCUUUCAAAAUAAGACAGCUGUGUGUGGUGAUCCACGCCUCGGUCCGAUCGAUCUGCCCCGAUACUUCCCCCUUUCCACAGAAGUUGCAACAUACUACCGCUUUGGAGACCUGUGCCCCUACGAAUUUCUCGCAAAGUAUAGCGUGAACGUCUCAGAUCCGAACGCCUUUUUCAUCUUCCCUGGCGCCAACGGGUUCGCAAACACCACCAAUCAGACGCCCAUCGUUGGCAUUGCAACCUUGGAGAAAGGACGAAAAAUAGACCGAUUUGGAGACCCAAGCGGUACCUUCUUGUCUCCCCUCGGUGCGCCUUACAUCGAGCGCGCCCUGCCACCUAAGAAUUUGUUCGCACCCGAGAAUAGCAGCUUUCCCUACAACUACCAUGUGUAUCAAGUGCUGGAACCAAUUACUGUCGCGUUGGGACCGGUCACGGGCUGGUUUGAGCAGCCGGGCCUUGGUACGCAAUUUGUCUUGCAAGGGAACGACACCGUGGCCAGUUUGGUUGGUUCCAACAAGCUGAAGAUCUUGGAGAAGAGGGAGUAUGAUGAGGCUGCAGACUUUGCUGCAGAUUAUUUGCCUACCCCUCCCCAAUAG